AUGUCUGCAUCACCCACCAUCGCAGCUUCGUCGGCCAAGCGCCCGCUUGAGGAGCCGUCGUCGCCUGCCGGACCCAACGACCAGCCCGAUGCCAAGCGCCCGGCUCUCGACAAAAUGGUCAAGGAGGACGCCUCCAUCGCAGACGACAUUGAUAUUGCCCAGCCCGUAAAAGCAGACGACAUUGCCACCGAGGGCCUCAAGGACGACGCGCAUGACGUAGCCGGCGCUGCCCUGGAGAAUGGCGCCGAGACCACCCAGACGGACACUGUUGUCCCUGACGCGCCUUCCAUCCUCGAGACCCAGCCUAUUCAGUCCACGUCGGGCGCCAAUGGCCGGCCUGUAAACCAGAACCAGCAGGUAGACGAGACCAACUGGCUGCAUGUGCGCGCUUGCAUUGGCACCAGCGAGGCAGCUACCAUCAUCGGCAAGGGCGGAGAGAAUGUGACUCAGAUCCGUCGUCUGUCUGGCGCCAAGUGCACCGUUAGCGACUACUCUCGGGGCGCUGUCGAACGCAUCCUUACUGUAAGCGGCCAAGUUGAUGCUGUGUCCAAAGCCUUCGGUCUCAUUGUGCGCACUCUAAACCAAGAGGACCUCGAGACCCCUUCCACUUCCACUUCCAAGGCGUACCCCAUGCGUCUGCUUAUCCCCCACAUUCUAAUCGGCUCCAUCAUUGGCAAGGCCGGUGUUCGCAUCCGCGAGAUCCAGGAGGCCUCCAAUGCUAAGUUGAACGCAUCUGACACCCUCCUCCCCAACUCUGGCGAGCGCUCGUUGAUCGUUCUGGGUGUUGCUGACGCUGUGCACAUUGCUGUGUACUAUGUUGCGCAGACACUGGUCGAGCAGCUGACCGAGCGAUUCGGCGGUCCCGCUGCCUCCCAAUAUGCCACACGUAGCGGAAUGGCGGCCAACGUAGUCCCAGGCGGCAUGUCCGUCCAGCCAUACGUUCCCCAGCCUGCUGGAGCUGGCUCGCCUAGCCGCGGUCCGUACGGUGGCCCGGCUGCACCUACUCCAUACGGAGCUCAUCCUGCCGCAGCUCCCGUUGCGCACGGUGGAGCUGCUCCUCACGCAGCGGUUGGUGCAAUGCCCGGCCAACCUUUGACACAGCAGAUCUUCAUCCCCAACGACAUGGUCGGUGCCAUCAUCGGCAAGGGCGGUGCGAAGAUCAAUGAGAUUCGCCAACUUAGUGGAAGCGUCAUCAAAAUCAACGAGCCCACCGAUAACAGCAACGAGCGUCUUGUCACCAUUACAGGCACACAGGAGUGCAACCAAAUGGCGUUGUACAUGCUGUACUCGCGUCUUGGUCAGUAG